GUACAGGACCAAACGAAAUGACCAUUAAAUGGUACAGAGUACGAGGAUGACGAAGCUUGACGGAAUCCCAAAUGCACAGGCCACAGCCUUGAAGUUUUCUCUCACAUGAAAAUUACUUUGUCUCUCACAAUGUCAUCUAGAGGUGGAGUUUCUCCUAAUAUCAGUGUCUCGGUACUUCAGGACUUACUCAGCUCCUCCUCCCCCUCACUCGCUGCUAGCCCUCCACCUCCAUCUUGCAGCAUAGACGAGUCUUACAAGUACAUCUUCCUCCCAAUAUGUUACUCUUUUACGUUCCUCUUCAGUAUCUCCCUUAAUUCUGUCGUCCUCUACCGUUCCUUCCGCCGGACCAAGCGCUGGAAUGCUUCACUGAUCUACAUGGUGAACUUGGCCUCUACAGACUUCAUGUAUGGCUUGUCACUGCCGUUUCUUGUGGCUAGUUAUGUCAUGCGUGACCGCUGGAUCUUUGGGGACUUCAUGUGCCGCCUGGUCCGUUUUCUCUUUUACUUUAACCUCUACUGCUCCAUCUUCUUCCUCACUUGUAUCUCUGUCCACAGGUACCUCGGUAUCUGCCACCCAAUGAAAGUCAUCACAUUAGAGACUAAGAAGGCUGUCAAGUGCACUUGUGUCCUGGUUUGGAUUGUAGUGUUUGCUUUGACCUGCCCUAUCUUCCGCUUUGCUCAGACUGGUCAUGUGACUAGAUUAGGAGUGCUCGGCAACAAUGCAAGUAGUAUAGACUACCCAAGCCAUGAGGUUUCAUCAGUAAAUGGUAAUGCCAGCUAUGGUAACAUGGUAGGGGUCAUUGAGGAGUACCAGAACUGUUGGGACGAUGCUAUUGACAAAGAGUUUCCUGAUUACGUACCCUAUGGCAUCAUACUCCAUUUGCUUGGCUUUUUUGUGCCUUUUUCCAUAAUUGCUUGGUGUUACUCUCAUGUUGUCCUGACCAUAUUUAGAACUCUGCAUUCUCAGCCCUCAUCCUGCAGAGGUCGGAGAGAAGGAGAACAUGAUGGAAUGGAGAGAAGAGAGAGAAGUAGCCCUGCAGUAGUUGCAAGAGGAAGAAGAGGAAGCAAUGGACUGCCAAGGGCACUGAGAAGAGAUGGAGGGGUUUCCAUUUUCCUUGGUGCCCACUCCCCUUAUGCUAAUCGCAGACGUAAAUCUAUCAAGACCAUCAUCACCAUCACCCUCCUCUUUGCUCUGUGUUUCUUCCCCUUUCAUGUCACUAGAACCAUCUUCCUCCUUCUGAAAGUGACAAAGGGAGUCCCUUGUCACACUAUGACCAUGGUCUCAAUGUGCUAUAAGAUCACAAGGCCUUUGGCAUCAUUCAACGCAUGGCUCAAUGCACUCCUUUACUUCCUGACUAAAGACAAGGGGGGAGCUCACUGCUGCCAGGCAGUAAAUACCACCACCCAACAACAUGGUGUGCUCCUCUUGCCACUGAGGUUGAUGGGAAAAGUAGAGGAUGCAGAGGAGGGAGGGCUGGAGGACCAAAUUGACAAUAAGGAGAAUAAAGGAUUUCACAGUCCCUCAUACAUGAAUAGAGCAAAAGUCAGCUAUAUAGUUGAGUGAAUGUUUUCAUGAGGAAUAAAUAAUUUUAGAUGCACUGUAGGUUGACUUUUACUGG